AUGACAAUACGCGCCGCACUCAUCGUCAACAAUCACGGCAAGCCUCGACUGACCAAGUUCUACACGCAGCUUCCAGCGUCUCGCCAGCAGGCACUGAUCAAGGAGAUCUUUCGGCUUGUGUCGAAACGUCCAGAUGGCGUCUGCAACUUUCUCGAUGCGACCGAGCUGACGGCUCUGCUCCCUCCUCCGGCCGACGCGGUGCGCUUCUCCUCCUCGCUUGGAGGAAGCAAGGGCAAGCAGGUGGACAAAUCUGCCUACGACACCGCCUCGUCUUCGUCGGCCAAGCCGAACAACCAGGACCAGCUGCGUGUCAUCUACCGGCACUACGCCACGCUGUACUUUGUCUUUGUGGUCGAUCAGAGCGAGAGCGAACUAGGCAUCCUCGAUCUCAUUCAAGUGUUUGUCGAGAGUCUCGACCGGUGCUUCGAGAACGUGUGCGAGCUCGACCUCAUCUUCCACUUUGACCACGUGCACGCCAUCCUCAACGAAGUCAUUCAAGGCGGCUUGGUGGUCGAGACCAACAUCAACGAGAUCGUCUCCGCCGCUCAUGCCACCGCACGAGCACGCAAGGCCUCGGCUGCCACCGCCGGAUCGGGACCCGCUGCAGCCGUCGGAAACAGCCUUGGCAGCCUCGCCCCCACCGCUCUCAACAUCUCCCUUCCUGGGACAUCCGGCUCCUCCAUACCGUGGCCAAAGGGCACCUUCAUGGUGGACGCCAUCUCCAGCCUUGGAAACCAGUACCUCGGCCGUUCCAGUGGCCGCCGUUGA